AUGGAAAGGCUAAAUGAGACAUCAAUAGAAGGAUUCAUACUACUGGGUAUCACUGAUCUACCCGAGCUGCAAAUCUUCCUCUUCCUCAUAUUUCUUAUGUUCUAUGUAUUCAAUUUAUUAGGGAAUCUCAGCAUUGUCACACUUAUUAUUGUUGACCAAUCUCUUUACAAACCCAUGUACUUUUUCUUGGGUAAUCUUUCAUAUUUGGACAUUUUCUACUCAACUACUACAGUCCCCAAAAUGUUAUCAGGUUUACUGUUAGGAGACAAGAGAAUAACUACCUUUGGAUGUAUAGCUCAACUCCACUUCUUUCACUUCUUAGGGAGCACGGAGGCCCUACUUCUAACCUCCAUGUCCUAUGAUAGAUAUGUUGCCAUUUGCAAUCCUCUGAGGUACCAUGUCUUAAUGGCAAGACAUAUUUGUAUUGGGUUGGCUUCAAGCUGUUGGUUCAUUGGAUUUUUAUAUUCAUUAUCACAAACCGUUAUAACCUUCAGGUUGCCUUAUUGUAACAUGAAGCAAGUGGCUCAUUUUUAUUGUGACAUUAAGCCUGUUAUAAAGUUGGCCUGCACGAACACCCACCUAAGUGAACUUCUAGUCUCAAUAAUAUUUGCACUUGUUGCCGUCAGCACGUUUUCACUUAUCAUUAUGUCCUAUAUGUUAAUUGGAUCCCAUCUGCUGAAUAUUCGAUCCACCCAUGAAAGAUGGAAAGCAUUCUCCACCUGCACUUCUCACAUCACUGUUGUCUUUCUUUAUAUUGGGACAGCUCUGUGCACAUACCUGGGACCAAUCACACAAAACUCUUUAGAACAAGAUAGAAUUAGCGCUAUAGUGGUAACAGUUAUCACCCCAGCAUUAAAUCCUCUAAUCUACACACUGAGAAAUAAAGAGGUGAAGAGGUCUCUAAAAAAGUUUUUGAGGGGCAUCAACAAUUGUUCAAAAUUUUAUUAA